AUGUCUACGUUCUCCUAUGAGGAUGAUCUCCCUCACUUGCCCGUCCCCUCUUUGUCUUCCACCACUCAGCAGUUGUUGGCAGCCUUAAAGCCGCUCUUAUCGCCUGAUGAGUACGGUGAAGUGUUGGAGGAUGCGACCAAGUUUGUCUCAAGUAAGUACAUCAAUUUGAUACAAGACCACCUUGUUAAAGCAUCUACAAACGAGAGCCACUCCUGCUACUUAAACUCCAUCAACGAUGAAGUAAACCCAGGGAUAUAUGGAGAGCUCAAUAAUGAUAUCUUGCCCAGGAACCCCUACCUCGUGUUAGAGGAGGAUCCGUACCUGAAGACCAUUAACCCACCAAACCAGGCGCAGAGAGCUGCGCUGCUUAUUAAUUCUAGUUUGAAGUUCAUAGUGAGCUUGAGAAACGAAACGUUGAAACCUGACCUAACCCCCAAAAAUAAGAAUCCCUUGACCAUGAAUUGCUACAGAAACUUGUUUGGUAGCACCAGGGUUCCAGAAGAAAACCAUGUUACCAUCGAGAGACACGAAGACCUGGCCCACAUUAUGGUUAUAUGUAACAAUCAAUUCUAUGAGUUAGAGGUGAUUAAGACAGUUCCGGAGAAUGAAGGCAGUGCUACGGAACUCUGGUUCAAUGACCACGAAUUGUCUCUACUUCUUCAAUCCAUUAUAGAUGGUUCUUCCCAAUCUGAUGCUAUUGAGACUGUCAACAAUUCAAUUGGUUCAUUGACAACACAAACGUUCAAAAUGUGGAAGUUAAGUAGAAAGGAGCUUUCGACAUCCAAUCCCAAAAUCCUUCAUUCGAUUGAUCUGUCGCUCUUUGUUGUGGUUCUUGACUUUUUGAACUCACCUGAAACUGACCAGGAAAAAACAUCGGUGAUCUCCCAUGGUUCUUCGAAUUUACUUCCUGGUACCAACAUUCAAGUGGGUUCUUGUACGUCAAGAUGGUAUGAUAAACUUCAGAUGAUUGUUACUAAAAACUCUGUUGCUGGAGUAGUUUGGGAAUCUGCCUCCAUGGACCUGACUGCUAUUUUGCGGUAUAUAUCGGAUAUAUACACGGAUCUGAUUUUGAAAUUAGCUAAAGAUAUAAACGGGUUAGAAUAUUCGUUAUUCAAUACGAAGUUUAUAAAAUUUGCCUCGACGAAGGACAAUCCUACGAAGCCGGAACCAAGGCCAUUGAGUAUUACAAAGACCCCGGAAUUAUUCCACUUGAUCCAUUUGUCAGAGACAAGAUUGGCGGAUCUUAUCAAUCAGCAUGAAUACAAAACAAUGACACUUAAAUUUGAUUCAAAUUUAAUAUCUAAAUUCCAUGUUCCAGUGGAUUCAUUUUUACAAAUUUGCUUUCAGAUUGCGUACUACACCUUGUACGGGAAACUUGUUAACACUUUAGAACCUAUCACAACAAGAAAAUUUAAGGAUGCAAGGACUGAAUUGAUCCCAGUUCAGAAUGACCCGAUCACACGUUUAGUAAAGACAUUUAUAAGUAAAGAUGAUCAGCAAGUGAAGUGGAAAAGAUUUAAGGAAUGCUGUGAGAUUCAUAGCAAGCAAUAUCUUGAUGCAAUGCAAGGAAGAGGAUUUCAAAGGCACUUUCUUGCCUUAGCUCAUUGUGUUCGCAGUCCCGAUGCUAUACAAUACUUGAACAACUUGAACCCAGAUUUGCCACUGAUUCCACCAUUAUCAGGAGAUACUGAGAUCCCAUUACUUUCGAAUCCUUCAAUUGAUAAGAUUUCAUCUCCCGAAUUGCUUAUUUCCAAUUGCGGGAACCCCGCUCUCCACUUAUUUGGAAUAACUCCAGCUAUUGAUCAAGGUUUUGGAAUUGGAUAUAUCAUUCAUUCUGAUAAGGUAAUUAUAACCAUUUCGUCCAAAUUUAGACAGACUGAAAGAUUUUUGGAUACUUUUAAAUCCGUGGUUAUUGAAUUGAAGCAGAUCAUUCAAAAUCAAUCCAACUUCCUUUUCAAACUAGCCGACACAGAGGCUAGGAAGGCGGAACUCCAAAACGUCACCGAAGAGAAUCCUAAGAAUUCUAUUGACUUGACCAUUGACGUCAAUAAGCGGAUCCCAUUGGAAAAUUCAUCUAAUAGUAGUGGAAGUAGCAGAUCUACUCCAGAGAAGGCUAACUUUGACGUUUUCGGUGGAUAUGGAUACUUUGAUUUCGGUGAAUUGGAUAACAGGUCUUUCAUCCUUUCACAUAACCAAUCACAUUUGAAUUCAGAGAUUUCCAUAUCGCUUCCUCACUCUCACUCCUCCCAGACAUCAAAUUCCAAUUCCAGACUACAAUCCAGGAACCACAGUAAUACUAAUCUUCACAAAUUGAACUUGAGCGAUGACAUGAAACAUCGUAUGACUCUUAGUGAAAGUAUCAGAGAUAGGUUGCAAAGUACUGAGUCUGUAAAUGUAGUACCUGAGAAGAAGACAGAGAGAUCAAAGAAUAUGAUAGGAAAAGAACUUAAGAUGAACCAGAUCUAG